AUGGGAUCGAGGAACGUGAAGAGCUUUACUCUCGCGGUUAAGAGACUCGAAGAGGUCUCGGUUUCUUCCCGAGGCGGCGAGAGAGUGCAGUUGCUGAGGAGGUGGCUUGUGGCUCUAAGAGAGAUUGAGAGAAUAUCUUCCGAGAGUAUUAUUGACGAUCAGAAUCAAUCUGGUUCCGAAGAAGCUAAGGAUUCUCCGAAAAGUUUCAGCACUGUUUAUUACGUUGAUCCUGGUCUUCCUGGUGAGCCAAUGACUUUUAGAGAUGUGUUUCUUCAUAGUGAGGCUCUUGAAGGGAUGGUUUUAUCUAUGAUUCUGGAAGCACCAAAUGAAGAAGAAGUACAGCUGCUUCUUGAACUGUUUGGGCUCUGUUUGUCAGGAGAGAAGGAGGUUCAUGAAGCAGUGAUUCAAAAAUGUGAAGGACUUAGCGAUUGUGUUUUUGAUACGUUCCAGCGUGCAAAGCGCGAGGAACUUCUUCAGUAUGUCCAAAGUGCAAUCGGAGGACUAAAGAUCAACGCUGAUCUCGCAAGAAUAGAUACUGAAGCACAUGAUCUGAUGGAGAAACUUGAUAAGACGAAGGUCAAGGUUCUUGAGCAGGCUUCAAAUGAAGAUAGUUCCAAACCCGGUGGAACCAAUGCUGCAUCAACCGAGGCUCUCCGAGAAAUUCUUGAGCAAGUUCGCACUUUUUCUAAGCUAGAAGCACUCUUGCUAAAGAAAAAAUCAUUAAGAAAUGGAGAUUCUCUUCAACUCCACAAUGAGAAGGUUGAUAAACUCAAAGUUCUGUCAGAAUCUUUACUCAGUUCCACCUCUAAAGCUGAAAACCGAAUUGUGGAUCAUAGCAGAAGUCAAAAAGAAGAAGCUCUUAGUUUCCGACUUUCCAAAACCAAUGAAGUCAGCCAGGGGGAGAAGGAUGUAGAGGCAGAACUGAAAAACCUUGAGAUUAUGAAGGAUGAUCUUGAAACUGAGCUGAAAAGGGUCAACACCUCAAUAACAUCUGCCCAGGCUCGCCUUCGCAAUGCCAAAGAAGAAAGAGAGCAGUUUGAUAAUGCAAGAAGACGAGCUAACUCGUUCGAUAUGUUCAUGCCGAGUAGAGGCAGAUGUUGUGUGAAUAAGUGGAUCAAGUUUUUGGAAGAGACUUGGAUUAUACAGUCUAGAUUUGCUCAACAAAAGGAAAUACAAGUGAGUGGGGAGAUGGAGAGAUAUGGUGACCAUUUCAUAGACCUUAUUGUUCAACUCCUCUCUUUCUACAAGGAACAAUUGGAUCCUUCUAUACCAAAGAUCCAAAGUGUAAUUGAAAAUUUGGAACCAAAUAAAGGGUUGGAAUCAGAAAGAAAGAUAGACGAUAAGGAUGCAAAGCCAAUCGAAUCUAGAAAACAGCUUGAGAAGGAGUAUCUGGACCUCGAAGCUAAGUUUGUAACAACAUUAAGUGUGGUGGAUGCAAUGAAAAAGCCGUUCUAUUCACAGACGGAAGGUAUCUCCAGGAAAGACGAUAAAAGAGUGAAAGAACUAUUUGAGGCAUUAGACAAAACAAAAGAAGAGUUUGAGUCUAUCGAGCUCCCGCUUCUUGAUAUAGAAUCUCCUGCAAGAACAUCUUCUUCUUCACGCUCACCCUCCCUGAAAAUGACGCUCGACACUCAACUUUCCGACACAGUCCCGACAAAACCUGCUGAUGAUGAUUCUCCGGACAGUAAAAAAGGGUCAUCAGAGAAAGAAGACGCGGUAAAGAAUCAGCUGGAGUUGGAACUGGACGAUGGAGAAGAGUUCUUGGCUGAUGAAAUCAAUGAUUGGGAAUUCGAUGCUCUUGAUGACACUCACCACCUCGAAAACCAAUAG